AUGGUUGUGGGAGCCACUAUUAAUUCUUCAUAUCUCUGGAGGAAUUGCAAGGUAUUAAGGCUCACGAAGAACCUGAGACUACAGAGCUUAGCUUCAAACAAAGAUAGACAAACUGUUGAUUGGUUCUCAAGAUGGAUUGCAGACAGAGAUGGGAUUACAGGGUUUGUAAACAACGGUUUGUUUGAAAUCGAUAUUCUACCAAGGUUUAUGUUGAAGUGUGGCACUAAUCCAAUUGCAACUAUAGUUGAAAGCAUCUUCCCAACCGCGAAUUAUGGAAUGCUAGAAGAGUCGCACCUAGAAGGACGAGCAAUACUCUCACCCACUUUAGAUGUUGUUGAUCAGAUUAAUCAGUAUAUGUGUGACAUGAACACUGCUGAAGGUCGGACGUAUUUAAGCUGUGACUCUUUGUGUAAGGCAGAAUCAGAUGAUGAUAAUCUCUCACAAGUACACACUCCUGAAUUUUUAAAUGGCUUGAGAUUGUCUGGACUUCCUAAUCAUUCAUUGACAAUAAAGGUUGGGGCACCUGUUAUGUUACUGCGGAACAUAGAACACUCUCUUGGUCUUUGUAACGUUCAAGUUCCAACGUAA